CAUUGGUAAAGUAGCCAGCUAGGCUCAGCCUGGUCCAUGUGUGGCCACAAUCUAUUGUUUAUAUAGCUGCAUACAAGUCAUACGGUGGUGGUUAUGCACAGAGAUUUCGGAUUUCAUCACUGGAACGUAGGCUUCAAAAUAAUGUGAUCAGUAACUACUUACAACUGGACAACCAUUGACAACUAAAUAAUUCCAUUAGCAAACAAUUCGAGCAAAUAAAAAAGAGAAGUUUAUCAUGAAAUUGUGUUUCUUUUUGGGGGUUGUUUUCUCAGUUAGUACAUUCCAGUAAGCAACUGUAGUUGUUUAAUGUGUCCCGUGGAUGUACUUGCCGAGGGAGUGCUAAUUAGAUUCCGAUUCGACGUGAACAGUCGUUCUACUGAUUUGAACAAUUAAGAAAGGUAAUUGUGUUUUGUAAUUGACCAAUGUAAACUGGCUAAUUGGUUUCGUGUGUGUACACAGCAGCUCUGCUAUUUUUAGGCAAUUUUGAGAUUUUAAAAGGAGGAAACAUUAUAACUUUAUAGAACGGUAAAUCCAUCUGUAAUACCUAAAAUAAAUAUUAAAAAUAGUUAGUUAUAAUAUAUUUAACUCCUUUACAGUGUUUUCUCCUACACUAGUGUAUCAUUAAAAUUAUGUGCGCAGAGUGUUUAGACAAUUGAAAUGAUAUGAAAAGGUCUCUCAAUCUAAAGUCAUCGGAUUAAAAUAUAUUUAUAUGAAAGAAAAGAACAUUUUACCCCCCACUUCCCAUGGAAAAAAAAAUAAUUUUGAUGUUCGCUAUUGAAAAAAACAUAUUGAAAUAACAUAUCAAAAUUUAAUCUUAUUACAUUAAGAUGAUUUUUCUAGAUGCAUAGCAAAAUAUUCAUAAUGCGAUUUUUUUAGUUGCAAUAACAUUAUAACAGUAAAGAAACACAUGUGAAACUAGAUAAGUUUGCUAGUUUAAAGCUAGUUCAAAAUUAAAAAUGAAAUUUAAAGACACUUAUUUUAAAUUCGAGCUAGCACGCAAAGACUCAGUCAUGUAUUAGCUAUACAUUGAUUACCUUAAACACAUUAUAUAAACUGUUUCCAUGCAUGUAUUUCUUCGUUGAAGAUCUGACUUGCAAACAAUAGGCCGGCCUGUCCACUACACAAUCGAUGGCAAAGUUCUUUUUAUGUGUGCUGUACCUUUGGCUGGGUCAGUGUGCAUGUCAACAAUCUCGGAUAACCCUGCACAUGGACUCCACCGUACCUGACCCAGAAGGUGGCGCAAAGGAUCUUGUGUUGAGCGCAGUCGUGCUCAGGACGUAAGUCGAAUACUUUGUUUUGAUGUGCAGCGUCUCGUUGUAAGACGGUUGUUUCCAAAAGGUGUAUUACGCCACCCUGAAAAGGGGGGGGGGGGGGGGGGGGUGGGGCAGUGGCUUCAUUAUAGUGGUGCACCGAAUAACUUUUAUAACAUCUUUCCAACUUAGUAUGUUCAAUUUCCGUUUGAUUUUAUAAGGCUUGACAAUUAUCGGAUUUGAUGCAAAGAAGUAACUUACUUAGUGGAGAAAAAGAAAAAAAAAUCUGUUCGCUAUUUAAGAGUGUGAUUCUUAGAACUUACUUAUGGCGACAUGGGAAAAUCUGCAGUUAGCAAGGGCAAAGGGGAAACGGAAAACUGUGGGAACUUUAGCAUACAACGUUGGUUCUGUUAUAAAAAAAAUGAUACUUCCUUAUCAACGUAAACAGAUUCACAGGCUCUGAAAUUCGUUAAUUCCUUGCAUUUGCCAAUGACCAACAUACGUUGGUUACGAGUUCCAGAGCAAUGUGAUAUAGAAAUAAAAAAAUCUGUUGCCAUCAAUUCAAUGUCGUUAAGACAUCCAUGACGAAAAUAUAACUGUGUUUGUCCAUGCGGUCAGUGCGUUUACUAUCUACUGGAUUGUAUGAGUUGCAUACAUGUCCUAUAAAUAUAGCGCGUAUGUCUUGUUUAUUUCAUGCCUCUUUAUAUUUUUAAAAUUAUUUGUUAAACUAUCAAUAUAAUUAUUAAAAAAAAAUAAAUCUUUCAAGCUAUAAGCGGUUCUCAACCUGAGGGUCGCGAACCCUUUGGGGAAUCGAACGACCUUUCACAGGGGUUGCCUAACACCAUCGUAAAACACAUAUACUCUACAGUUAGGAGGUAUCAACGAAAAUAAUUUUAGUGAUUGCCAAUAGCCACAAGACAAGGAACUAUAUGAAAGGGUCGCUGCAUUUGGAAGGUUUGAGAACCACUGUUGUAGACACAACUUUAAAAAAAACAACCAAAAACCCUAGAACACAGAAUUAAGAAGAUGCGAGUAUAAGUCCAAAUAAUGAGAUAUCUGUGGGGCAAGGCAUUGUGUUACCAAGGGCGAACUUUGAAUUCACCCCACCCCUAACCUCACCCCUAUAAACAGUACAUUUCAUAUUUUUUGGUGCUUAACGCCACAGUGUAACUUGGGGAAUGGCGAGCAUUUACUUCUUGUUAUAAAAUAUCUGUCAACAAGAACCAUGCAUACAUAGUUGUAUAUGAUUACACUAAAAUUCUAAAAUUUUCAAAACAAGCUCGAGAUAAUAUUUAUUGUGUAAUUAGGUCUGUCAAUUUAGACCUGAUAUUUUAUUAUAUGGUCUUCUGUUCUUUAAGAAAAUCACAAACGGACAGACUGACGCCCGGCCUGAUCCUAAAUUAGCUGAUAUCGCCUUUGACAUCUCCUAUAGUCUGAAGACCAGAGUGUCUCUGAUUUUAGAAACUAAAAUAUUGUAUUCUAUAAAGGCACAAAGUCUAUCUUUAAACAAAAAAUAUUUUAUCAAUAAAAAAAUAUAAAAAAAUAAAGACAUAGUUCUAUCCACAAUGGCGGCGUACGUUUCAACUGAUAAGACAGGUCAGAGUUCAACAAAGAUGGGUCAGAGUUCAUCACAGGCCAUAAAUGUUUCUCCCAUAUUAAAAUAUUUCAAUCCGUUUAUUUGUUUACACCGUAAUCUACGUCACACGCUUCACAUUUUAUAGUUUGAAAUUUGCGUUUUAUUAUUUCGCCAGCGAGCCUAUUUUCUGACAUUUGGACUUGAUUUAUUUAGCUUAGGGCCUCUGUCAACAAACCAACAUGUGAUAACGACGACCUGGUUACCUACCUAAAUGCUGUAAUAACUUUGGGGUCGGGGGGUUAGUGUUCUGUGGGAACGGAGGGUAUAAUUCUGUGGGGUCAAGGGGUAGUUUUCUGUCGAGGUAACCGGCGGGAAAAGUAAAUUACAGAUUUAGCAUUAUUAUUUUAAAAUAAAUUUUCCCUUUUUUUAUCUCUGAUAACGAAAUUUAAUAACCCAAUUUGACACAUACAUUUUUGUUGUGAAUCUUGAAGGAACGGAUUUAUUUGUUGUUACGAAUUGAGCUCAUUAUUUUAAAAAAGCUAGAAUUUUAAAAAACAACUUGUUUUGUAAAUUAGCAUGUUUAAAAAAAAAAAAAUAAAAAUUAAAAAAAAAAAUUUUUUUUAAAAAAAAAAAAAUAAAAAAAAAAAAAAAAAAACUAAAAAAAAAUAUAAACAUGUAGGACAAAAAAAAAAAGUAUAGACUAUACUAUUGACUUUAUGUUUGUACACUGAAGUAGAGGUUUAGAUCAUAUAAGCAAUAAAUAAGGAAGUGUUGAUAAUGAUUGAUAUUGUAAUAAAUGUUAAAUGUUUCUAGUAGGAACACACAAAAAAAGACCGAUGAUAUGAAAGUUCAGCUCAUGAAAAAAGAUAUCAGAUUUUUUUUUGGUCCCCUUUUACUCUUGUAGGGUCAACAGCAUAUUUUGUCAUGGAUCAGCCGGUGACAGCUUCGUCAUUCGAAUAGACCCGAACUCUGGCAACAUGGAAAUUAUAGACAACACCGUGGGAUUCAGCAACAGAACAAAGUUCAUCGACUCCUGUAUGCCCGCGAGCAACCCAGUCCAAUGCACCACAACGCACGUCUGCACCACGGGCAGCAACUGCGUGGUGAACCUCGCCGUCGACUGCGCUCAGACACAAGGACCCAAGAAGUGGGAGAAAAUACCUCAGAUAGAAGUCUCACUUGUAGACCGUCACGGUGAACUGGCCAUGGAGAACUGUUUCGUCAUGUGUCUGGACAGUGGGUUCGCUGAGGAGGGUCUGGACCUGGGUCACCAAGGGCUGUCCUAUCUGGCUAUUGGCUUCAUCGUCGCGGGCACAGUUCUCGCGGGGUCGUUGCUGGUCAUCGGCUUCGUGGUCUGGAAAAUAAAAGACAUGCGGAGAUUUGAGCGCCCUCAGCGUAACAGCCAACACCAUAUCCAUUAUGUCAAGUAAUAUUGGAAUGUUUAUUUUCUUGAAAAAUAAAACCUGGAUGUUAAUAAAAAAAAAUGUUACAUGUGACAUGUUAAAAUUGUAUGUUAUGCAAUGAGAUGAGGUGAAAUUUGUGUGUAAAUUAUAUAGCAAAUUAUUGUAUACAUGUUUCUACACUAAAAAAAAAAUAUAUAUAUAUUUCAAAUAUCACCAACAUAGAAAGAAGACAAAACUGAAAUAAAUAUUGCGUCAUCAAUAUAUAAAAACUUAAAAUAUAGAACACGAGCUGACAUUCAAUACAAUUUGAGCCAAAUGUUUAAUUAAUAUAAAUCUUAACUAUUCCCCUGAAAGGAAAUACGCGUUGUGAUCAACUGAUUGAACUGUUAAUGCAUAUUGAACAACUGCAUUGAUUCUCAAAGAAACAACUUUCACAUAUGAAUUUGAAUAUUGAUCUUGUACUUUGCUUUUUAAAUAAUAAAAAUCAUUAAUACAUUUUUUUUCAGAAUUUCUAUUUCAAAAUCUUUUCAUUGAAUAACAUCUUUGAAUGAACGUACUCACAAGGGUUUAAUGUUUACUUUGAUUGGUCAUUAUUCAAAGUUUAAAGAUCUCACCACCACUUAGUUAUUACAUCUAUUCACAAACAUAUAUUGAUACGAUUUCAGGCCCAUUUGACAAUUUAAUGUAAAAUCAAUUUGUUUGCAGUUUUUACAUCAACGAAGUCAUAUUAUUUAAAACACGCAACUUAACCCAUCUUUGUACUUGCUUGUCUGUGUUGACAUUAUUUGCUCUACACAUUAGCUGUUCUCGGUAACAUUCUGCUUGCCAAAAGAAACAUUUUUACAAACAAACAAUUAAUUGAUUAAAAUUCGUUACAUCCUUUGUUAUCAAAAUUAUGUUUAAAAAAACAAACCACCUGCAGCCUUUUUCUGUCGUUUUUUUUAAACAUUAUGUAACAUUUGUAAUUUUAAAAGCAAGAAUGUCCUAUUUUAGUUUACACUAAUUUGAAUAUAACAGCGGGAAAUCAAUUCAAUACACAUUUAGUUAGUGGCAACGAUGCUAAUAGCGUUUUAAGAUGUUCAAAGAUUGUAGUGUAGUGUGCUCCUUUGGGUGUGUAGUGUGCUCCUUUGGGUGUGUAGUGUGCUCCUUUGGGUGUGUAGUGUGCUCCUUUGGGUGUGUAGUGUGCUGCUUUGGGUGUGUAGUGUGCUCCUUUGGGUGUGUAGUGUGCUCCUUUGGG